GGCUUCCGCAUGCGCUGCCAACGGCCCAACGCCCCUCCUGUUCGCACUGCUGCUCUUCAAUGAUGCCCAUGACUUUCGCCUCCUUCUUGUACUUGAUUGCUGCUGAGAUUCUGUCGAGCAUGCGCAGUGGCUAGCGUAUCGCAGCGACUCCUGUGUUCGAAGUAAUCGCCCAGCGCAUAGCGCAUUCCACCCACCAUGACUGCCCGUGGCAUCGGCGUCUUCACCAUCGAGUUCCCCGACCCUUCCAAGAUCGACUAUGUGAACAACCAGUUCAACACCCUCAACGAGUCCAUCUCCUUUCAGUACCGUGGCGUGACGAACAUCCAGACGCUGUCGACAAAGGGCGCCGCUUCUGGCUCCGACCCGUACGGCAUACUCUACGUCCCUGAUGUCUUCACCGAAGCCUGCAAGAGGAACGAGUCACAAUAUGUACCCGCGAAUGCCUCACGGAUUGCGAAUCUGCCCUCAGAUAGGAACUACGCGCUUAUAGCAUUCGCACCCUGGUACUCGGCGCAAUGUACCAUCGAGUACUUCACCGCGGCCAGGACGCUGUCAGCGACCAAGGCCUUCCUCACGUACUUGCCAGGAAACAGUAAUGCGCAGCCGCCCGUCUUGAACAACCCUGCAUGGGAUCUGCAGGACGGUGGCUCGUGGCAGCAGGGCAACACCUUUCCCACUUAUGCUCUGUCGUCCAUGAGCGGCAACAACAUCAUGGACCAGCUGAACCAGUAUUCUGGCAACAUCUCAACUGUGCCAAACGGCGACGAUCUCAGCAAGAUAUUCGACAGCACAUCCUACGUACGGCUGUGGGCCACCGUCAGCACCGACUCAAGCGGCACUCUGCCGAGUUUGUGGGUCUUCCUGGUUAUCGUUCUUGCCAUUCUGAUCGCGGCGAUCGGCACCACUUCACUGUGCAUGCAUAUCAUUCAGCGCCGACGACGAAACGCACUGCGUCAGCGUGUGCUGAACGGAGAGGUCGAUCUCGAGGCGCUCGGCGUCAAACGCCUUACAGUCUCCCAAGCAAUACUUGACAAGAUGCCUAUCGUGACGUACACCACCGGUCCUUCUGAGAGCGAAAAGUCGCCCAAGGCACCAGCCGCUGCAGCCAAUCUUGCACCUGGCGUCGAUGCAGAGACGGGGUCUAAGACAUCUCCUCUUGUUCGACGUCUCUCGGCCCCAACAUCCUCUACGACCAACGGCGCCACAUUCUCGCAGCCCACGUGUCCCAUCUGUAUAGACGACUUUGAGCCGAACGAGACCCAAGUCCGUGAACUUCCCUGCCGUCAUAUCUUCCACCCCGAUUGCAUCGACACAUUCCUGCUUCGCAACUCCUCGUUAUGCCCAAUGUGCAAGCAGAGCGUUCUACCAGCGGGCGCCUGCCCAGUGAGAAUUACAAACAUGAUGGUACGCCGUGAACGGCACAUUGCUCGCAUGAGCGCUCGGUCCGCCUGGUCAGCAGCAAACGGUGGUGCACCGCCGUCAGUAUCCGUUACCGUGAGCGAUCGCGCUCGGGGUGCUUUCGGAUCGGUAGGGCGAGCAAUAGCGGGGAGACGCAUAUUCAGUGCGCCUGAACGGCGGCAGAGCCCACCAGCGGACAUCGAGAUGGGUACUGCACAACAGUCCGCAGCACCACCACCGCAGCCAGUAUCGAGCGUGCCUUUGGCGCCACCUCCGGCACCAGUACCAGUACCAGCACCAACGAACUCUCAGGACUGCGAACCUCCGCCGACACCCACACAGAAUCGUAGGGAAUGGGCACGGCAAAGGGCACUGGAUCUGCUGGGCAGCAGGCACGCACCGCCAGAAGUUGAUUCCAUCGAGCAAGAAGAGAGUGCAAGGCCCAAGUGGAAACGAGCACUCAACAAGGUGUUCCCCGGCUUUCGGUAGCCUCACUGCCAGCAACACUGUACACAUUGGUUCAACAUAUCUUCUACCUUCUUUUGAUACCAUGCUUUUGGGUUUGGACGUCGGCGCACUGUCUUCUGGGAUUCUGUUGGGAGGCUAUGCAAGGCGUUUGGGUGCCGGACACUGUAUGUAGGCUUAUACGCACAUAGUAAUGAGAGCGAAACGAUUGCUGCCUCGAUAUCUCCCUCUCGGGUCCAUCUCCCGUAAGCAAUCGCUCUCGAUCCAGACGCGUACCUCGUACC